UAAAAUGCACUACACUGAAAACUUUGACCAAAAUACCCUUAUUUAAAGGAAAAUGAACACUAUUGAUUUGCUGAAGUGGAAAAUAUUUUGAAACAAAUUGGAUGGUGGUUAUUUCACUGUUACUUAAAUAGGAAAAAUCAGCUUAUGGAAACCACUUCCUUUUUGUCAAUAGAUGGAAGAUUGACUAGCCAUGUAUUCAAGUCUGGCAGCGGAGCGAUGAUAGAUGUCUGUCUUAAUUAUGAUUUUUGCAGUGAUAUAAUAAAAGUUAAAUAUUUAGUUCAGUAUAUGCAUUUUCCUGUUAAUUUCCCUUGCCUUUAUUUUGAGUUCAUCUCUCUUGGUUUAAUUUACAGGCAAUUGUUUUUUCUUUGAAAUCAUGUUGAGCUUGAGAUGCAAAAGUAAUGCUUGACAUAUUAACUAGAAUUACAAAGGAUUUUUGAAAAUAUUUGAUGCAUAGAAAAUGGUGCAAGACUUGGAAAGGAAAAAGAGGGAUAGAGAAUCUAAGCAUUUGUGUACUGAUAAUUAAAAUAUGAUCUGGAAUUGGUUUUAGAAAUCCUGACUUGCAUGUACUAGAACAAAGUAUACGGAAGAAAGCAACUGAUUUCUCUUCAAUGUGGACCUUCAGCAAUGAAACAGGAUGAUAAUAUACCUGGAAAGCAAAUGUUCUUAGAAAUUUGUCUUUGGGACAUGGUGUUGUUCUUGUUAAUACAGAUGAUGCUGGCACAUUGAUGGUAACAAAUUUCCGUCUUAUUUUUCUGAGUGAAGGAACUAGAAAAGUUAUUUCCCUUGGAACGAUUCCACUAGCAACCAUUGAGAAGUUUAACAAGAUAGUUGUAAAGGUUCAGUCAAAUAAUCGUUCUGUAGACAAGACACCAGCUCAGAGACUGCUCCAGGUGAUUGGAAAAGAUAUGAGAAUUUUAGUCUUCAGUUUCAGACCACGUACAAAACAGAGACGUUUGGUGUUUGAUGCGCUACUGAGGUGUACAAAGCCAACAAGAUUAUGGGAUCUUUAUGCUUUUGCAUCAGGACCUUCUAGGUUUAAGAACACUACUCCACUGGUCCGUUUACUAGAUGAAUAUUGUCGGCUUCUUUGCCUAGGUUCUUAUCAUGCAUCAAUCGAUAUAAUUGAAAAUGGGUCGUUCAUCUGGUCAAAUGAACUAUGGAGAAUAAGUAGCGUGAAUUCCAGUUAUACAAUGUGCCAGAGUUAUCCAUUUGCUUUGAUUGUUCCAAAGAUCAUUAGUGAUGAAGAAGUGCUCCAGGCAUCCAGCUUCCGUGCAAGAUGUCGACUGCCUGUAGUUUCAUGGUGCCAUCCAUUGACUGGAGCAGUUGUUGCACGAUCUUCUCAACCCUUAGUUGGUAUUAUGAUGAACAUGAGGAGCAACAUGGAUGAAAAACUUGUGGCCGGACUCUGUAGCAAGCUAGAUAAUGGCUCAAGGAGAAAGUUAUAUAUUGUUGAUGCACGGCCAAGAAAAAAUGCAUUGGCUAAUGGAGCCAUGGGAGGUGGUUCAGAAUCAUCGUCAAACUAUUUUCAAUCUGAGGUAGUCUUCUUGGGGAUAGACAACAUCCAUGCGAUGAGAGACAGCUUUGUUCGGCUCCGAGAAUACAUGGACACUCAUGGCAGAGCGUCAUCAGAUGGAAUGUCCUCUUUCUUGAGACAAGGUGGGUCAACGUGGGGUGGUGGCAAUCUAAGUAGUAUGUCUGCUUCGGUAUCAACCCUUGGGGACAUUGGAUGGUUACUGCAUGUUCAGAAUGUGUUGGCUGGAGCAGCUUGGAUUGCUGCUCGUGUUGCAAUUGAAAACUCUUCUGUUCUUGUGCAUUGCAGUGAUGGAUGGGAUAGAACAAGCCAGUUGGUUUCACUUGCUAAUUUGUUGCUUGAUCCAUACUAUCGGACAUUCACAGGGUUUCAGGCACUUGUUGAAAAAGACUGGCUUGCUUUUGGUCAUCCAUUUUCUGAUCGGGUGGGAAUGCCAUCUGUCUCUGGAACUGGCAACAUGCCUUUUGAGUUAUCUAGGCAGCCUUCAACUGGAAAUUUUGCACCAUCACCCAUACACCAGUCAACAGGAACAUUUUCAUCACAACCUCCAGCUUCAUCUCACUCCCAUAACUCCAACAACUAUUCUCCUAUUUUUUUGCAGUGGGUUGAUUGUGUUUCACAAUUAUUGCGGAUGUAUCCUUUUGCUUUUCAAUUCUCUGCGGCUUUCCUGGUGGACUUCAUAGACUGCAUGCUUUCUUGUCGUUUUGGAAACUUCUUAUGUAACAGUGAGAAGGAGAGGCAGAAAUGCAAUGUUUUUGAGGCAUGUGGAUGUCUGUGGGUUUAUUUAGCUGAUUUACGGACAUCAGAAGGAGGUUCGCAUGUGCAUUACAAUCCCUUCUAUGAUCCACUCAAGCAUAAUGGUCCUCUUCUACCCCCAGCAGCAGCAUUGGCGCCUACGUUAUGGCCCCAAUUCCACCUUCGUUGGGCAUGCCCAGAAGAAGCACAAGCUGGGGAGAUUGAAGCGCAAUGCAGGAAGAUAGUUAUGAAAUGCUCUGAGACGCAGAAGGCUAAAGAAAUGGCAGAAAGAAAAGUUAAAGAAGUUACAAAUUCCAUGGAGUCACUGAAUGCUGAAUUACGACGUGAGAAGCAGAUAAACAGCUCAGCUAUGAACAUGGCAAAGAGUGUGAGCAAAGAAAAUAUGGCUAUAAAGCGUGCAAUUCAGUCAAUGGGGUGCAAGGUUCAUGUCUCUGGUAGUGGUGAAUGCACUGUUGACAUUGAAAGCAACCCAGACAUUCUGUGUUGUUCCUCAAGAAAAGAAUCAAAUAGUAAUGUGCGUGAUGACAAAACGGACCCACCUGUUUCAGUACUAGUCACAGCAGAUGAUGAUGAUGAUGGAAACAAUGGGAUUGUUAGGGUAUGUGAAACUCUAUGCCCAUUUGGCUCUGGAGGUGGAGGCUGCAGGUGGCCAAAUGGUGGUUGUGCUCAAUUAGGUAGCCAGUAUGUUGGCCUCAAGGCAAACUUUGAUGCAUUUGACCAACUGUCAAUUAAUGAUAGUUAUUUCAAGUCUGAGUGAGCAGUGAACAGUUGCGUAACCAAUUUUGGUUUCUUUAAACAAUGAGAAUGGUCGUUGAUUCUUUUUUCCACUCCUCGUGACGAAAAAAAGGGGAGAAGUAGAAGACCCUGUCAUUUUUAUAGGGUCUCGGAAAUUGUACAGGUUAUGGGUCAUCAAGCUGCAGUCAUCUCUAUUUGAGAAUGCUCGGUACAUGUAUCCGGUUUAUGCGCAUCAUGGUGCUCCACAUUCAUAUCUAGAAUAGUCACUGAAUCAUAAUUGUUCUUCAAUAAGAUCAAUUUUGUACAGAUGAUCAUCAAGCUAUUGAAUUUUAUAUCUAGAGGGAUCAAUGUAUAUAGCAAGUAUAAUUCGUGCCUCAUUAAUGCAGAAUACGCUGACUUGGUUGGUACUUAUUAUAUUUCACUAAAAUAAGACAGGAAUAGGUUUUAGAGGUU